UUAGUCGAUACGGAUUAUGGUAAUGUCAAACAUCGCGCUGAUCGCGCCAGUCAGCCAGCCAGCCGGAGAUAGCGAUAAUCACGCGAACGGGGUUGGCAGCUAGCGAACGACGACGUUCCUCGCGUUCUCUUCCGCGAAAAAGAUGCGACUACCGCGGAGCGUGGUCGUGCCGUGAAGCAGAGCGUGAAGGAGCCGAGCUGUCGCGCCGAGUGAACGUCGUGCGAGAAGGAGAGCGGUUCGCACCGCGGAGGCGGAGGACGCGUUAAAGCGGCGACGACGCGCGGCAGCCGGGCGGACGGACGAGCCACGAGCCGCGCGCGGACGCGUCAAGAUGGACUGGGAGCUGCUGACGAUGGCGAGUCUGCACCUGACCGCGACCGAGCACCGCUACUACGGCGACAUAUUCAUCUACUGCUGCGAGAACGCGGACGGCGACAGCGUGCCCGUCAUCAAAGUCGCCGAGCUGUUGCGCUCGGCCAACCUGCCGCGGGACGUCACGAUAAAGAUACUGGACAUCUGUAUGGGAGCCAAAGGCAACACGCAUCUGGGCAAGAAGCAGUUCUAUGCAGUGUUGAAACUCAUUGCAGUUCAUCAGGCUGGUCUGGAAAUCUCCAGGGACAUGAUAACUGCGUCAUUGGAUGUUAUCACUUUGCCAAGAUUUACAUGGCCAACCUCUGGUGAUGAGAUGGAUGGUAGAAGGAGUCCAGACAUAACUAGAGGAGCAAAGGGUAGACAUCAUGUUCCCGAGAGCACCACUGAGAGUGAAAGUGAAGCGGAAUCUCCGCGUGAGACUGGUGGCAGCACGGAUUCUCCUACACCGACAAACAGCGUGACACAAGAAAGAAAUGAUGGUAUGCUGGGUGGUGAGACAAUCCUGGAUUCUGUUUCUGGAGGUUGGCAAGGCUUAUUGGUUUCUGAAGAGCAGCGACAGUUGUUGGGCACCGAGGAGGAGAGCUCGGAACGUCACAGCAGCGACGACGGUGAUGGGGAAGGCGACGGUUCGGGUUUCCCACCAGAAGAGGUAUGGAUUAUCAGUGACGAACAGCGGGAUUAUUACGCCGCACAAUUCGCGCAGCUGCAGUCUGAUCCGGAGGGUCUUCUGGCUGGGCCAGUGGCUAGAACGUUUUUCGAAAAAUCGCGGCUUCCCGUUUCCGAAUUACGACGCAUUUGGCAGCUUGCGGAUGUCACGAGAGACGGAGCGCUCAGUUUGCAGGAAUUCUAUGUGGCUAUGCAUCUUGUCGUACUGAGGAGGAACCAUGUACCUCUGCCUGACGUUUUACCUCCGUCCUUGUCGGUCCCGUUAGUCAUGGAAACCGCAACAACUGCCGCGCCGCAAAUUCCACAGUCCGCGACAAAUGCUCAAAAAUCGCCACCAAACUCCGCGAACGCCCGUGAGAAAAAUAGGGAGUGGACGAAGUUCGUGGACUCGCCGACUGGUGCGAGUAGCUCCUGUGUCACCAGCCCAGGGCUGCAGCUAGUGAAUUUCGAUUUUCAAAAGUCUGCCGUCGAACGUGACCCGAAGAUCCUGCACCCGGUGCCGUUGCGUUUGACGCCUGAAGCGGCGAUUCUCGCUUCGGGCGCCAACGGUAGCAGUAGCAGUUGCACAACCCUGGGUGAUGACGAUCUGCAGCAUUCCGCCGCGUCUUUAGUGCAACGUCCUCUUGCGAAAAAACCUCCCGCAGCUCCCGAAGAUGCCGUUAUCGUGACUCCUAAGAAGGAACCACCACCUCCGCCACCACCCAGACCAUAUAGAACACACGCGCGCAGUUCUAGUCUCGAUCUUAAUAAAUUAGGAAAAAAUGGCCAAAGUUUUCUUGGGGCACCUCCACUUGUACCACCUAGAAUCUCGCCAGGAAUUACUUCACCACGGAAAUUGGUCGGUCAAAGGAGCGAGGGUGAAGGACAAAGGACGUUAAGCGAAAGUCAAGCUUUCGUCGCUGACUUCUCCCACUUUUCUCCCAAGAGUGAACUGCCUGAGAGUACGGUAUCGUCUAUAGAAAAUACGUUACCGCAAUCUCAACAGUUCACUGGGGUCUGCGGAGCAUUUCAUAUUUAUAGGAAACCAAGUCCAAAAAAAGAUGGCGGAGAAGAAGAGAAUAAGAAUGAAACGGAGGAUGAAAAGAAAUUAACCUUACAAGAAUUAAGGGAAAAGAAUGCGGAACUACGCUUAGUCUGCGAAGAACUGACACGCGAACUGGCGAGUGCGCUUCAAGAACGUAUAAAUCUGCGCGCAAAACUUUUGCUCUUGACUUGAUGUGAUUACACUAUUCCCUGUCAUUCAUUCGUUCGAAGUUACGAGGUCUUAUGUAUCCUCAAAUCAUCGUAAACAUAUGUAUUUAAUACGUUAUGCUAGUCUAGAAUUCUUUUUUUUCCAACGAAGUAUUCAUUCACCAUUCAUAAUGAUCAAUGUAGACAGACAGAUGCGGCAGGGGACGCGAUUUACAAAAAUAAAAAUAUUACAUAGAUUUUAUACUUGAAAUUAAAAGAAGAGUGUCUAUGACAUAAAUUAUGAAUCGUGUACAUACAAAGCUGAUUAUGAUCUCUAUAUUGAUAUAUAACGUUUGCGAAUUUGCUUUUGUCAAGUUUACGAGCUAUUGUUCAUGUUUGUAUGUGAAAGUGUGUUACAAAUUUACUCAGGUUUAGAGCCUGCGUUAUCGAAUUCCCCUGUGAUUUACUGACUUGUAUGUUGCAUAAGAACUUCCCUUUUUAUUGCUGCGAAUUUAUACAUAUUUCCAUAACCACUCAUACAAGUGCAUCUGUCACAUUAUUAUUCUAUUUCAGUACAGCUAUUUAAAACUUCUAAUUGUGAUUUCUAUAUAAUAUUUGUUAACUUUAUGAGAAUUAUAUAAGAUAUUUCAUAUUUCUCUGUCUAUUGAUGAGUCUCUUUUUAAAGAGCUUUGUUCACCGAAAACAAAAUCAUAAUAUUUUUUGAACUUUGAAUUAAUUAUAUUAUAAAAACAAACAAUAAGUAUUUAUUUGCAAUAAAAUCGAAUUGUAUUUUCGUAUAACUAUAUAAAAUUUUCACAAAAAGACAACAUCAAUGGAGAAACGGGAUAAUCUGUUAUGGAGUUGCAUUUUAUUCCGUGAGUGUAUCUAUGAAUCUGUUAAAUGUUGAAGAAAGAUAUACGAGAAAAAUAGAAUCUGCAGGAACAGAAUACUUCGAAAAUAAAUUUAUAUAGAUAUGUAUAAUGCUCAGAAUCAAUUCACGUUGAAUACGUCGAUUUUGGUGUAUCAAUUUUUCAAAUGAUUAUAUAUCGAUUUCUAUUAAUAUAGAGUUAAAAAAAUAGUUGCUAUACAGUUGGUGCAAACCAUUUGAGGCCUGAGAAGAAUAUAGAUCUAUCACAUUUGCAACAAAAAUCAAGUUAAUAAUCAAUAUUCUUUCCAGUUAGUUUCGUAGAUAUUUCUAAUAGCGAUUAUUCAUAAAACAUAGAAUGGCUUCCUUAAUAGACACAAAAUUGCUAUUAUUUAAAUAAUAAACUUUUCGAACUCUUCUUGCUUCUCUACAAAAUUCAAUCUCUGUGGCUCAGCUCUAUAUAAGUCUCAGCGCUUUAUUUAUAAAUUGCCAUUUCUAUCCAAUCAAAUAUACACUGAUUUGUGAUUAAAACCUUUAUCACAUUUUCAAAUUUCUACUUUGUUUUCUUAUAAAUAGCGAAUAAAUAAAUUUGCCAAGCGACCGUUGUUACUAAUAACUAUGUGCCAUAUUAUGCAAAAAUUUGACUUAUGUAUAAAUAAAAUAUAUAUAUAUAUAUAUAUAUAUAUAUAUUGUUGUCAGUAAUUGACAGUAUCUUGUCAAAUCUCAUGAGACUACUUAGAGGUAAAAGCUUGAAAGAUCAACGAGUCAUGCAACAAAGAUUUUUUUGUAAUUAUAGAUAUUGAUAUUGUGUAAAAAUGAUAUAAAAUUAAUACUUAUGUCAGAAUAAUCUGAUUUAUUAUCUGCGAUCCUGUAAAAAAGAAAUGUAACAAUGUAGAAUACAUAUACAGAAGUGUCUGUCAAGUAUGAAUAAAGAAACUACUUUUAGUUUCAUAACAA